ACAACUCUCAGCAGCCUCAUCAGAGCUUCAACAUUGUUGCUGAAAUCUAAAUUCUAGAGAUGAUAAAAUAAAACUGUGAGGUUUCUUUUCAUCAGCAGGGACUGGGCACCAUGUUAUAAUAGAUAAAAGGACGGGGCCAAGUACAAUUUGAUUCAACUUUCCCUUCAAAGCUGUCCCUUCAAAGCUGUUAUUGCUGCCAAGGUGUGAAUACUGAUAUAAGGCAGUGUAUGCUGAUAUGUACAGCAGAGAGUGCCGGUACACGUGAGCUCACAAUCUCUUCUUUCUUUUCCUCUAUCGUAAAGUGAAAGUUCUGAGCGACGAAUCGAUUUCGGAGCGAUUUCGGAGUGAUUUUCUAAUCGACUUUUCAACUCGACAUUUCAACUUCGACUUUUCUAAUCGAGUUUUUCAAAGCGAUAUUCAGUGAAUUUUUCCACCUUUUUUUGACGUCUGUUAUAAAUAACAUCUUUCAUUGACGUCUGCUGGUAUCGCUUUUUUAUUCUCAACUGCUCUUUUAAGAGCACAAAGACUGGGGGGCGUAAUGCCAUUCUGGGCCCCCCAGCGGAAGGUAAGGCAGCCGAUACCAUUUUAUUUUAAUUAAGGGUUUAAGUAUACAAUGUUAAGUAAAGUAUACAAUGUUAAGCCAUUCAGUAACACAGAGCAGGCCAUAUGCAGCUCUAUAAAGGGUACAUAUUGGGGGCAGCUUAUUACAGAAUCAGACUGUAAACUUGAAAUCUGUACCCAGCUGUAUUAUAAGGGAAUUACAUGUCACUAGAAAUGAAUAAUAGUUUGGUUCUUAUCCAGGGGUUUAACUAUAGAGGAAGGAGACCCUGUGACUGAUGGCCCAGAGGUUUAGGGGGACAGUGGUUUUGGGGGGGCAGAGGUUUAGGGGGCAUGGUGGGGUAUUAAUCAAUAAAUGGGUUCAUGAAAAUGCCUGAGUGUGCCCUAAAAUGAUUGUGCUAUGAGGCUCAGUAACAUCUAAUUGCAUCACUGUCCUGUAUAGUUUACUGAGUAAUUACUUUGGGGAAAGGGUAUCUGUCACACUGGGAAGUACCAUUUAGUACUAUAUAAUGUCCCUUUACACUAAUGAUCUCUUUUUUUCCCUCAGCGACAAGCGGAAUGCGGGUCCCUCUCCGAGACUUAUAAGGUGAGUAGAAAAAAGGGUAAAAUACAUGACUCAGUAACUGUAGGGGCUGCCUGAGCAUGGAAUCUGGCAGUAGGUUUGGCGAUGCCCCCGCCCAGUUGUAAAAUUCUCCCACUUGGCAGUUGCCUCUCUAUUUCAAGUACCUUAUUGCCAAUCCUCCCCUCUUCCUCUGUCUGUCCCCCCAGGUAAGUGAUAAAAAAUUUUUGUGACCCUGUGGCAUAUUAUGUUAUCAAUAAAAUUCCUCUUUUAUUCUAUUCUAUUUUCCAGCCUCCUGAUGGUCGGCUGACCAAGGACGUGCUUCUCGGAGUGGGUGGAACUGGAGACGUGUAUAAGGUAAGGGAAAAACUAAUCACUAAAUGGCAGAGGGAACUGGAAGCAACUUCAAAGUACUAGUGGCAUGUUGUGGUCCCCGAAUAGAAUAGACAGUAAACUCCGUUUGUUCCCAAAAUGAAUUUUGAUAUUUGCAGCUAAUAUUGAAUGUCAGUUAAACCUUUUCUAUCUGUGUUACAGGGUCGCCACCAUCGCAAAGGAGUGGUGGCUGUGAAGAUAGCCAACAUCAGCAGGGUAAUGUAUUUUUAUAGUUCCAUUCUCCACAUCAUUCCUAUUUGUGUGGUCGACUAUGUGAGCUAAAGAGUUUCCCCUUAUCCCACUCCAGGAUGAAGAGUCUGUUUCCCGGGAAGUUAAUUUUCUCCGGAAGUUCAGCGGCCACAAGAACGUCGCCGCUUUCCAUGGAGCCUAUUAUAGUGCUCCACUUAAUGAGUGCUCAUCGGAGCUGCUGGAGGUAAGAAAUUAUUUGCUGUAUCACGUUUAUCCCUCUUGUGCCAAAGGGAUCUCCAUUAAAGGUAAUAGAAGGCCUUAAAUAAUUUAUUUCUAUUUUUCUACUGCAGGUUGUCCUUGAAUACUGUGGGGGCGGCUCCAUAUAUGACAUGAUUAAUACCACCAAAGGCCAAUCCCUGAGAGAGACCUGGAUUGGAUAUGUAUGCAAAGAAGUGUUAAAGGCACUCAAGCACAUCCACAAGAACAGGGCCGUGCACCGAGACAUCAAGAGCCCGAACAUAAUGCUUACAGAGAAAGGGAAGGUGAAGCUGAUCGAUUUUGGACUCUGCUGGGACCUGGACCCACAGACUGGAAAGUGCUAUGAGAGUGAAGGCACUGCGCACUGGAUGGCACCCGAGGCCAUAAGGAGGAGAGGCAAACCAGUGGCGUAUGACACCAAAUGUGACAUCUGGUCGAUGGGGAUUACCGCCAUCGAAAUGGCCGAGGGAGAAACACCAUAUGCCAAUCAGUAUCCAGUGUCAGACCUCAUACUGAACAACGAUGCACCGGAGCUUCAAUCAAAGACCUGGUCACAGAAUUUUGUGUCCUUUUUGAAGUGUUGUCUAGAAAAGGAACCAUCAAAGAGGUGGAGUGCUGAAGAACUUCUGCAGCACCCGUUCUUAACUGAACUGCCCCCAAAGAAGACGAUUAGGGCUGAAAUAAAGAAACACCUUCAGGUGCCGCAGAACCAUCUGACCAAGAAAGGUGAGUGAAACCAAAUUGUUGAGUUUAAAUUCCCCCCUUUUGCAUAACUUAAAUCAAAGCACUAAAUUGAGAAGCUGAAAAAGGUGGUCGUAUUAUAUUGGCACUAGGAAUA